AUCACUCAAGAUUGGUAUCACCCUUUAUUCCAGUUUUUAAUUUAUUUAUUUGUGUUCAUGUGUGGUGUAUGUGUGCGUGCAUUUGUAGAAGUCAGAAGUAAGCAUAAUCAUCUUCUGUUACUUCUCUCUCUGGCUUUUGCUUCUCUUUCCUCACCCCUUCUCAGCACUGGAUGCCACCUCUGCGCCUGGCUGUUCUGUGAGUGCCCGGGGCGCUCAGGUCAUCAUGCUUGGACAGUGUGAUGGUUCGUAUAUGCUCAGCCCAGGUGGUGGCACUAUUAGAAGGUGUGGCCCUGUUGGAGUUGGUGUGGCCUUGUUGGAAUAGUUGUGUCACUGUGGGCGUGGGCUUUAAGACCCUUGUCCUAGCUGCCUGGAAGUCAGUCUCCUCAUAGCAGCCUUCAGAUGAAGAUGUAGAACUCUCAGCUCUGCUUGUCCCAUGCCUGUCUGGAUGCUGCCAUGUUCUUGCCUUGAUGAUAAUGAACUGAACCUCUUAACCUGCCAGCCCCAAUUAAAUGUUGUCCUAAGAGUUGCCUUGGUCAUAGUGUCUAUUCACAGCAGACCUAACUAAGACAAACAUCUAGCCCUCUAUCCCACCAAACCAUCUCCACAGCCCCCAAAGCCCACACUCUUCCCUUAGUCUCCCUACUACAUCCCAACCCUCAGCAUCUGUGCUGGAGGUGGACAAGUUCAGGGUCCUGGUACUAGCAUCUAGGUCAUAUAGGAAUAAGGCAUCUCAUAGAGAUGGAAAGAAGGGAGAGAGAAGGAGAAGAAGGAGAAGGAGGAGGAAGGAGAAGAAGGAGGAGGAAGAGGAGGAGGAAGGAGAAGAAGAAAAAGGAGGAGGAGGAAGGAGAAGAAGAAGAAAAAAAGAAGGAGGAGGAGGAAGAGGAGGAGGAGGAAGAGGAGGAGGAAGAGGGAGGGGAGGAGGGUAGAACCCAAACCCAUUUCUUAUAAGAAACCCACUCUUGCAUUAAUGGGCCCACUCCCAGGAUGUUAAUCUAGCCCUGAGAGUAGAGACCCUGUGGCCUUCUCUUCACAUCACUGAUACCCAGUGCUGCAGCAGUUACAUUUGAAUACAUUUGAGAAGGGACAGCCAUUCAGAAGGUGACAAGUAUGCCUAUGAUUUUCCUAUUAUUCUGCAUGCAUGUUAGCCUUCAAAGAAAAUUACCCAUGACCGAGAAGUACCCAUGACCAUCCAUGAGACACUGUUCUUUGUGGUGUCACUAGUCAUACUUCUGAGGUCACACACAGGAAACACACCGGGCUCUGCUGGGCGUUUGGGGGGAAAGAUGAGACAUUUCACCGAAGACUCUUAUAUUCUUGCAGUGUAAAAUCUUUGUGUGAGCUCCUCGGCAUAGCAUUGGAUGUCUCCACUGUCUGGGUCCUUGGUGAAGUGGGAUUAGCCACAGACACACUUGGGAUUGCCAUGUAAAUCGUCAGCUACAGCCAGUGCCUGGCAGGAAGGAAGGAGACACACAGGUCAGUGAGUGAAGAACUGACUUCCUCAGCAGGACACCCUCCAGAUCAAGAUUUUAAGGCAUUAACCAGGCUGGACUUUUAUUGUCACUUCUGCUGAUCUGGACAUAUUUUUUCUGGGGAAAUUUUGCUACCCUAGGUUGUCGGGCUCUCUCAUGACUGCUCGUCAACUUCCUUGGGGCUGGAGAUUACUAGCGCUUUACAGAAAUUAUCUUCUCAGCAGCCAUGCAUCAUUUAUAACAAUCUCUGGCAAAACCUCAGAAAAAGAUACGCUCUUGUCUCAUCAGGCAGAGCGCAGUGAAAACGCUCUCCGGGUGGAAGUGACUCCAGCCGUGGGGCAGCCUUGUGGACUUUGCUUCUCUGAAGGAGUAUGACCCAGUUAGGAAAGAAGGAAGAGCCACACGUCAAAUACAGUCACCGGUGAAACCAGAGAGGGGCUCCUGCGGGAUCCAGGGAAGCAGCUGGACUCCGGCUUCUCCGCAGGACAGUGGAUCUCUGUCGUGCGUGCGGAGAGGAAAUGGCCCACGAAGUGGACCUGGAGUCCUUCAAGGAGUUGGAACGGGACAUCAUUCUCCGGGUCCUAUAUCGAGAUCAAACUGUUCAAAGCAUCGAGGAGGAGAGGGUCCGGAACCUGAAAACACACCUGCAGCAUCUUCGGUGGAAAGGGGCAAAGAGCUCCAGCCAGGAAUACAAGGAAAAGUGUUGUGCACGUUGCCAGCAGACUCUGGGCCUUCUGCUAAACCGUGGGGCUGUGUGUCAGGGCUGCAGCCACCGUGUGUGCUCCGAAUGCCGUGUAUUCCUACGGAAGACUCAUGCAUGGAAGUGCACAGUGUGCUUUGAGGACAGAAACGUGAAAAUCAAAACCGGAGAGUGGUUCUUUGAAGAACGAGCCAGGAAAUUUCCAACUGCAGGCAGACGCGAGACCGCUGGGGCGAGGCUCCUACAAUCUUAUCAGAGGCAGAGCAGCAAAAUCUCUGUGGUCCCUCCGACGCCACCACCUCUCAGUGAGAGCCAGUGCGGCGGCAGCCCCAACAGGUUACAGGAACUUGGCCACUUCAGAGGGUUUAAUAAGUCCGUGGAAAACUUGUUUCUGUCUGUCACCACGCAGAUGAGAAAGCUCUCCAAGUCCCAGAAUGACAUGACCUCUGAGAAGCAUCUUCUGGCCAUGGACCCCAGGCAGUGUAUGGGCCACACGGAGAGGCGGAGCCAGUCAGACACUGCUGUCAACGUCACGUCCAGGAAGACCAGCACACCCGAUAUUCUGAAAGCAUUCCAUCAAGAAGAUCCCAGACACCCUCCCAGCCCUGUUUUGAAGCAAGACACUCCUCCAUCCAGUCCAACACACAGCACUGUCUUCUCUGGAGGCUUGAGACAUGGAAGCUUAAUUAGCGUUAACAGUACCUGCACGGAGAUGGGUAAUUUUGACAACGCUAAUGUCACUGGAGAAAUAGAAUUUGCCAUUCAUUACUGCGUUAACAGCCAUUCCUUAGAGAUCUGCAUCAAGACCUGUAAGAACCUCGCCUACGGAGAAGACAAGAGAAGGAAGUGCAAUCCGUAUGUCAAGACCUACCUGCUGCCAGACAGGUCCUCCCAGGGAAAACGCAAGACACGAGUUCAAAAGAACACUCUGGACCCGACUUUCGAAGAAACCUUGAAGUAUCAAGUGGACCCUGCGCAGCUGGCGACCCGGAGGCUGCAGGUCUCUGUGUGGCACCUAGGUACCCUAGCCCGGAGGGUGUUCCUCGGAGAAGUGAUCCUUCCUCUGGCCACAUGGGACUUUGAGGGCAGUGCGGCACAGAAUGCCAGAUGGUACCCUCUUCGGGCCAAGGCUGAGAAAUAUGAAGAAAAUAUUCCUCAGACUAAUGGAGAACUUGCUGUUCGGGCCAAACUGGUCCUUCCUGUGGGACCGAGAAUGCUCCAGGAGGCCCAAGAAGAUCAGCUAGCACUUAAUGGUCAACUGUGUUUGGUUGUGUUGGGAGCCAAGAAUUUACCGGUGAGGUCAGAUGGCACCUUAAACUCGUUUGUUAAGGGCUGUCUCACUCUGCCAGACCAACAAAAGCUGCGUGUGAAGUCCCCAGUACUGAAGAAGCAGGCUUGUCCCCAGUGGAAACACUCCUUCGUGUUCAAUGGUGUGAGCAGCUCUCAGCUGAGACAGUCCACCUUGGAGCUGACUGUCUGGGACCAGGCCAUGUUUGGUAUGAAUGAUCGUCUGCUGGGGGAAGCCAAGCUUGGUUCAAAGGGAGGUGCCCCGGGCUGUACCGACUCAUGCUCCCAGUCCAAGCUUCAGUGGCAGAAAGUCCUGUCCAGCCCCAACUUAUGGACGGACAUGACACUCAUCCUGCACUGAGGUGAAGCCCAAGGCGACUGCAGACCCACAAAGGUCAACAGGAAGUGAGAUCAUGGCAGAAUCAGAACCACCUGAUCACCAACAACCGACUACAGUUAUGUGUGUGGUUAGGAAACAGAAAGAUUACUGUCGGGGAGCCUACUGCCGACAGAUGUGGAAAUGUUCUGAUUUCAAUAAAUGUUCAACAGCA